AGUACUGCUCCGAGCUCGCAUAAUGAUCAUGUCCAAAUCGAACGUCCUUGACACAUAGCCUUCUCCUCUCCUUAGGAAGCUUCCCGAUGUGGAGAUGGUGAUGGAUCCUCUUUCCCCCAUCGCGCCGGCGAGAAUCCGCACCCUUCUCUUACCGGUGGGAAGAAUCAAACGGUCUCGCUUCCUGAAGUUCGUGGAUCGCUUGCAGCCAGAAUGUAUGGUCCGACUCGGGGAUAUCAGCCCUGAUGCUCACCCUGAUAGAAAUAUGUUCUCUCCGCUGGCUUUCCCUAGCGGCGUACUGUUUUAUGAACUUUCAACAUCAUUACCUACGCCUUCUCAUCUUGCAUUGUCGCCUUUCGAGCAGUUCAGAGAACCGCUCUUGGUAAUUGGAAUCGCUGACGCCAAGGAAUAUGCCUGGCUGUCGGCCGUGCCCGAUGCUGCAGAUGUCGCAUCCAAAGCUGGACGUGAGAAUUUUGAAGAAUCUGAUCAAAAUGCAGAAGAACUUCGACAGGCUGUAGAUGAUCUCCGUGAACAGUAUCCUCGGGUGUAUUUACACAGACUUAUGGUGUUUGAUUGUCCUCAUCAAACACGCCCCACAGGUCUACUCGAGGAUACCAUACUUGUUCCUCCCUCAUCACAGCUUAAAACAACUACAAUGAAAACAUUCAUGUGCGAUUUGACCGCUACCCUGUUAGCGGAAAUGACCACGUUGGCAAGGUCGCUUCAGGCACUGCCAACGGUGAAGUCGCCCACAUCGUCCCAACCGGGUAGUAAUUCGGACGGUUCGGAUUGGACGAUGCCAGAUUCUCUUAGCCAGCUUCAAAGAAGAAGCUCGCAGGCAAUCUCAGCUUCCCGGCCGGAUUCUCCCGCAACCAACGCACAGAACAACCUUCAACGCAUGUCAAUGCCAGUAUUACCUUCUUCCUCUUCCACAGCUGCGAGCGUCCGUGGCGAUUCAAGGGGAGACUCGAGAUCGACUUCGCCGAUUACUUCAGACACACAGACGCCGCCAGCAAGAACGUUCGAUGAAAUACCAGGAGUGUCUGCUUCUACUGUUCUUUCACGUACCAACAGCUCUACGCCCCAGUCGAAUGCGACACUUAGAGACUCGAGCCGUGACAGAGUUUCAGUACAUGGUUUUGGGCCUGGUGGCGUUGGAGAAAGAGCGCGUAAUAAGGGCCGAGGCCGAGUUGGUAUCGUCAUAGGCACAUUGUACAUGUGCGCGGGCCGAUGGCAAGAUGCAAUGAAAGAACUAGUUGAAAAUGCUACAAGGGCACGUGCAUUUAGCGAUCAUCUAUGGCAUGCGAAAGGGCUCGAAAACAUUCUCGUCUGCCUGUUACUGUUUGCGUGGUCGGGGCUGGAUUUUCAGGUCCCAUCGAUCUGCUAUCCAGCUUCAGAAAAAUCUUCAACCACCAAAUCGCCACAGCAUACACCAUCCAACAGCGUUUCGGAUGUAUCUACUGUCACCCUUCCCAAGCCCGCCAGCCACUCGGUUGCGAUGCAAAAUCUCAAUUCCGUCCUUCCGGAUCUUAUAAACAUGACCCUUAACCUCUACUCUCGAGCAGCUAAUUUUCCUGGUGAGGCUCUGCCCCCACUGGCAUUUUCAGAGUGCAUAAUACGGUUUUCCAAAAUUCUUACUGCGAUGAAUCUUUGCGGUGGUAAGUUGAACGAUGACGCACUUCAGCACCUUAUUCGAGGCAAUCCACUAGUACCUGCGUUCGCAUUAUCAUUGCCGAGGCCGACAAUCUCUCCAACGAGAUACGAAAUUGCCGCUUUGGUUUUCCGUGCGUUUCCCACUCCUUUGGAGACUGGGAGUAUGACUGCAACCGACCGCAUUAUGAUACUAGCUGGAGUGGCAUCAGUACUUUCGUCGCUCGGACUUCAGAGGAAAAAGGCUAUUGUCAUGAAGGAAUUUGUUGCUUCCUUGAUUCCUGGGCUUGUCCAAGCUCGAAAGGUUGGGGCUGCGGAGAUGGGUGUUCACCCUGCGGCAGGUCUAGCAGCUCUCAACAUGGCCAGUGGAGGGUCCUCAGGUGCCGGAUCUAUCAACCUUGGAGACGGGGAAGUCGAAAGUGGCAUUGACGCGUUCCUCGGCUUGUUGUGCGAAAUUUAUGGAAUUCCCGAUCAAAGAACGGCAUCAUCGGGCACACCAGGUCACCCUAGCGUGACUAACGGAUCUACGCACCAAGACCAAUGCAAUUUCAAUGGAGACGAUACGUCGCUCAAGAGACUGUUACACGCCUCCUCGAUGAGAUCGUUUGGGAACCUUAACCUCAAACUAGACAUUUUGAGGAUGUGCAUAGACUUUUGUGAGGCGCUGCCGGACUUCCAGGGCGUGCUACAUUAUACAGCGGCUCUUCUGAGGAUUGCGGGCCCUGGGACAGCGCCUCAUCCAAAUAGUACGGAGGUAUUUGUAUCCUUGGCCAGAGAAGAGCAGAUUCGGCUGGCAACCAAAAUCACACGUAUGGUCGGAGCUGCCAGCAGCUUAGGCCUGCAAAACAUUGAAACCGACUACUGGGACGACUUUCUUCUUCGGGGGCUGUACACCAUAGAGGCUCCCCGGCCACGCUUGCUCAUUCAGCACCGCCAGGACGAUCUAAGCAAGAUAUCUUCGACUAAAGACGGCCCGUUCAUACACAAUCCGUUUCUCAAACAGGUUGAUGCUGACCUUGCGGAGCACUUCAUGGUGGCCAAUGAAGAGUAUGGCUUUGUUGUGGCGCUGCAAAAUCCUUACGAUUUCGAGGUGGAGGUUGAAUCGUUGAGACUCGCUGGUGAUGGUACUAGUUUCACUGCCUUUCGAAGGUCUUUGAUGUUAGGACCGUAUCGGACCCAGAAAUUUUCGCUGGGAGCAACUGCUGGUAAUGCAGGAACUCUGAGCAUCACUGGAUGUAUUGUCAAAAUAAAAGGAUGUAGAGAACGUACGUUUCCCAUCUAUGCGGAUCCGUGGAGACUAGAGCCGGACACGAAGAUAAAGAACAUCGGGCUCCAAGCCUCGAGACCUUCACCUCCUUCCCGUCCAGUCUCUGGCGAGUCAACUACAUCACAAACUACAGAGACAUCAGCAGCAAAAAUUCCCGCUCCACUGUCGAUGGCUAUGACUGUUGUUCCCGAACAGCCACUUGUUGUACUCUCUAGCAUCUCUCUUCCCCAAUCAGCAUUGAUGGUUCUUGAAGGCGAAAGGAAGAAGUUUUCAAUUACCCUUCACAAUAUCUCCAAAACCACUUCCGUCGACUUCAUCCAUAUAUCCUUCCAAGAUUCGGCGAGCGCUGCUAUCCAAGCAGCUAUGUCGAACAAAGAUCUUCCGCCAUCAGAGUUACACGAGCUAGAAGUACAACUAGCGCAUUAUCCAUCAUUUCGCUGGUGCAAAGCGAGUGAAGAUGAGGCGAUUGAAAUCAAGCCCGGCGAAAAAGCUUCGUUUGAUAUCGAAGUCAUUGGAAGGGUACGGCUGACCGAUGGCAUCAUCCAGUUUGACUACGCGAAUUUAGGAAUGCCACGAUCAGAGGUCAAAGACCGAUUCUUCACUCGACAGCUAGCAGUACCUAUCUCCAUUACGGUCAAUGCUAGUAUACAGUUGCACCGUCCUGAUAUACUGCCUUUUACUGGCGAUUUUGCAUGGUCAAAUUAUUUACGGAAAUCAGGCCAAGACCAACUGACGCCUUCGAGGCUAAGAUCAGAGUCCACCGAGAAGGGCGACAAUCGAUUUCACAAACUGCUGAGCAAAAUCGGGAUCACAGGACACGAUGAUGAGCACUGCAUGCUUCUUUUAGAUCUACGGAACGCUUGGCCGAAUCCCUUGUCGAUAUCGAUUCAAGUACGCGAUAAACCCCCAAACCACGAAAUCGACGAUAAAGAGUGGCCAAGAGCCUAUACCGUCCAUGAGGUCAUCCAACCGGGCCACGUCAAUCGAAUCGCCGUCAUAUUACCUAAGACAUACCUCAAAAAUCCAUUCGCUGCGAUCCCAUCGCUCAACCCCGCAAACCAACGCCAAUUUGUCGUCAGUGCAAGUCAAAUCUCCCCAGAAAUUGAGAGGGCUAAUCGGGAAGCAUUCUGGUACCGCGACGGCCUAUUAAAAUGUAUUCGAGGCUCUUGGAAGGAGGAAGGCAAUUCUCGGCACGGAGAGAUCGACCUGCGAGGCAUCCGCUUAACCUCCAGAAUGGUCGAGGCGAUUAAACUCGACGACCUGAAGAUCAGCAUGCACAUUACUUCCGAUUACGAAGACGACGAUGAAAUCGUGCGACAGACGGGAGCUGCCAAGUUCGAGGUCUACGUCGACGAGUUCCUUACGCUGAAGACGAAGAUACACAACCGAUCUUCAACUCCAAUCUACCCGCUGCUUCGACUCCAACCAUCGCUUGCUAAUCUGCCGCACAAUGCCGCGCUUGAUUUGGAUAAGCGGUUCUCAUGGACAGGAGUGCUCCAGAGGAAGCUUCCUGUGCUGCAACCUGGUCAGACGAUGGAGUCCGAACUUGGCAUAGUCCUGCUAUGUAGUGGGGUAUUCGAGGUUAGCGCCACUAUUGACGAGAUUCGGGUCUGGGUCGACGAGAAGGAGAAGGGAGAAGGAGCUAGAGUCCGCAGCGGGACGGGCCUGCUCCAAGGGCAUAUUCUUGCAGAGGCCGGGCUGAGGGCAUGGCAUUCGAAAGAGCCGUGCACCAUCACCGCCAAGCAGCGUGGACUGCCUUGAGGAACUUCGGAGUAGAACUGUCGCGGAGAAGAGGUGAACCAUUGGAAAAGGUUGGGUUUGGACGAAAUAGGAAGGGUACGGUCAAGAUAAAGUUGUAUAACGAGCAUUAGAGCGAGAUGACGACCAGCGAUCAUAAUCCACUUGAAUUGUAUAUCAGACUCUAUUGGCAUUGGAUCCGCCAUGUGAAUUCAUGGAUUUCCUGGUCUCAACGUUGUGCCCCACUCUCUUUAGCCUGACUCGAGCGUUCCCUGAUUCUUUUCGAUUGCUAUCGGUUCUACCGGUUUACCACUCUUGCAUUAUCGGGUACAAUCCAGACUGACAUAUGCCUAAAUCAGUGUCAAAUUCUUUUACGUUCCGUGGGCUAAUAACUAUUGGGACUUAAGUGGAG